CGAGCUUUGAAAGUUGACCACCACGCAGGCGAGCGGGUUUCUGGGCGAUCAUGGUGGCGCUGCCGGGCCUCGGGAGCGGCCUGCAGCCCUGGUGCCCGUUGGAUCUCAGCCCCGAAUGGGUGGACACAGUUUGGGAACUGGACUUCACAGAGACCGAACCUUUGGAUCCCAGCAUAGAAGCAGAAAUUAUAGAGACUGGAUUGGAUGCAUUCACCAAACUCCACAAAAGUCUUUUCUGCUUUGCUACUGAAGAAAAUGGAUCUACAGAGAUCAUUUGGACCUUCUUCAUUGAAAACAAUAUAUCUCCCCGUGCGCUGGUGGCUUUAUUCUAUCACUUUGUUCAAACAGUCCAUAAGAAAAAUGUCAGUGUGCAAUAUCAAGAAUAUGGCCUUCAUGCUGCUAGUCUUUAUUUUCUGCUACUAGAAGUACCAGGCAGUGUAGCCAAUCAGAUAUUCCACCCAGUGAUGUUUGACAAAUGUAUACAGAUUCUAAAGAAGAGCUGGCCUCAGGAGUCUAACUUGAGUCGGAAGAGAAAGAAGGAACAGCCUAAGAAUUCUCAGGCUAAUCCAAGAGGGCAUAGAAAGAGAGGAAAGCCACCCAGGAGAGAGGAUAUUGAGAUGGAUGAAAUUGUAGAAGAACAAGAAGAGGAAGAGGACAUUUGUUUUUCUGCCUGGGACCUUUGUCAAAUUCGAAAAGCCAUCUUUCAUCUUUUAAAGAACUUUUUAAGGCUUCUGUCCAAGUUUUCCCUGAAAGAAAAGCCACAGUGUGUACAGAAUUGUAUAGAGGUCUUUGUGGCAUUAACUAAUUUUGAGCCAGUUCUUCAUGAAUUUCAUGUUACACAAGCCAGAAACCUUAACCAAGCAAAGUACAUACCAGAACUGGCCUAUCAUGGAUUGUAUUUGCUAUGCUCCCCGAUUCAUGGAGGAGACAAGGUUAUCAGUUGUGUUUUCCAUCAAAUGCUAAAUGUAAUAUUAAUGUUAGAAGUGGGUGAAGGAUCACAUCAUGCCCCCCUUGCUAUUACUUCAUCAGUCAUCAAUAGCAGAAACCAGGCAGUCCAGUUUAUCAGCUCACUUGUGGAUGAACUAAAAGAAAGUAUAUUCCCAGUUCUUCGUGUCUUACUCCAGCACAUCUGUGCCAAGGUAGUAGAUAAAUCAGAGUAUCGGACCUAUGCAGCUCAGUCCCUGGUACAGCUGCUCAGCAAACUUCCUUGUGGGGAAUAUGCUACAUUUAUUGCCUGGCUUUACAGGUAUUCACGAAGUUCCAAGAUCCCACACAGGGUUUUUACUCUUGAUGUUGCCUUAGCUCUGUUGGAACUGCCAGAAAGAGAAGCGGAUAACACAGUCUCCUUGGAGCAUCAGAAGUUCUUAAAGCAUAAGUUUUUGGUGCAGGACAUUAUGUUUGAUCGCUGUUUAGACAAGGCACCAACUGUCCGCAGCAAGGCAUUGUCCAGUUUUGCACAUUGCCUGGAGCUGUCUGUCAACACUGCAUCGGAGAGCGUACUGGAACUUCUGAUUAACAGUCCUGCAAUUUCAGGAAUAGAGAGCCACCCUGGUACUUUACUGAAAAAUACAUCAGCUUUUUUCUGUCAGAAGCAGACACCUCACCCUUCUGGAGACUCAGAGGUGAUCAGUACAGACAGCAGUACUGAAACAAUUGGAUCUAGGGAAAGAUGUGUCAUGGCAAUGCUGAAGAAGAGAAUCAGAGAUGAGAAGGCCAACGUUAGGAAGUCUGCACUCCAGGUAUUGGUGAGUAUUUUGAAGCACUGCAACGUCUCAGGUAUGAAAGAAGAGCUAUCAGUUCUUCAGGAGCAGUGCCGGGACCCUGCAGUGUCCGUGCGGAAGCAGGCCUUACAGUCUCUUACUGAGCUUCUUAUGGCUCAACCUAGAUGCGUCCAGAUACAGAAAGCCUGGCUGCUGGGGAUCACCCCCGUUGUGAUGGACUCGGAGAGCACCGUGCAGGAAAAGGCCCUGGAAUGCCUUGACCAGCUCCUGCUGCAGAACAUUAAGCAUUUCACGAAGUUUCAUAGUGGAGAUGACAGCCAGGUGCUAGCUUGGGCACUGCUUUCUCUCCUUAGUACAGAAAGCCAGGAAUUGAGCCGCUAUUUAAAUAAGGCUUUUUAUAUCUGGUCCAAGAAAGAUAAAUUCUCAUCUGCUUUUAUAAAUAAUAUGCUAUCCCACACUGGCACGGAACAUUCUGCACCAGCCUGGAUGCUGCUCUCCAAGAUUGCUUGCUCAUCACCCAAGCUCGACUACACCAAAGUAAUCGAGUCCUGGGAAGAAAUCAGCAGUCAACAGAAUCCCAAUUCAAACACCUUAGGACAUAUUCUGUGUGUUAUUGGGCAUAUUGCACAGCAUCUUCCAAAGAGCACCCGAGACAAGAUAACUGAUGUUGUCAAGUGUAAGCUGAGUGGAUUCCACUGGUCUCUAGAGUUGAUCAGCUCAGCUGUUGAUACUUUGCAAAGACUCUGCAGAGCAUCUGCAGAGACACCGGUGAAGGAGCAGGAGUUACUGAAGCAGGUGUGCGGGGAUGUCCUCUCCACCUGUGUGCACUGCCUCUCCAACAUCGUUCUGAAGGAAGACGGAGCUGGGAAUAUGGAUGAAGACCUGGUGGUGAAAUAUAUUUUUACCUUAGGAGAUGUAGCCCAACUCUGUCCAGCCAGAGUGGAGAAGCGAGCCUUCCUUCUGAUUCAGUCCAUCCUAGCUUCUUCUGCUGAUGCGGAGCACUUGACAUCCUCUCAAGGUAGCAGUGAAGCCCCAGCCUCUCAACCGCUCUCCCAGGUCAGAGGCUCUGUCAUGCCUGCUGUGAUCAGAGCACACGCCAUCAUUACCUUGGGUAAGCUGUGCUUACAGCAUGAGGAUCUUGCAAAGAAGAGCAUCCCGGCCCUGGUGCGAGAGCUGGAGGUGUGCAAUGAUGUGGCUGUUCGUAACAAUGUUGUCAUUGUUAUGUGUGAUCUCUGUAUCCGGUACACUGUCAUGGUGGACAAGUACAUUCCCAACAUCUCCAUGUGUCUGAAGGAUUCAGAUCCAUUCAUCCGAAAGCAAACGCUCAUCUUGCUUACCAAUCUCUUGCAGGAAGAAUUUGUGAAGUGGAAGGGCUCUCUGUUCUUUCGAUUUGUCAGCACUCUGAUAGACUCACAUCCAGACAUUGCCAGUUUUGGGGAGUUUUGCCUGGCUCACCUGUUACUGAAGAGGAAUCCGGUCAUGUUCUUCCAGCACUUUAUUGAGUGUAUCUUCCACUUUAAUAACUACGAGAAGCAUGAGAAGUAUAACAAAUUCUCCCAGUCAGAGAGGGAGAAGCGGCUUUUUUCACUGAAGGGAAAGACAAAUAAGGACAAACGAAUGAAAAUCUAUAAGUUUCUUCUGGAGCACUUCACAGAUGAACAGCGAUUCAAUAUUACAUCCAAAAUCUGCCUCAGUAUUUUGGCGUGCUUCGCAGACGGCAUCCUGCCCCUGGACAUGGACGCCAGUGAGCUGCUCUCAGAUACCUUUGAGGUCCUCAGCUCAAAGGAAAUCAAGCUUUUGGCAAUGAGAUCGAAACCAGAUAAGGACCUGCUUAUGGAAGAAGAUGACAUGGCCCUGGCCAAUGUGGUCAUGCAGGAAGCUCAGAAGAAGCUCAUCUCACAAGUUCAGAAGAGGAAUUUCAUAGAAAACAUUAUUCCCAUCAUCAUCUCCCUGAAGACGGUGCUGGAGAAGAAUAAGAUCCCAGCUUUGCGGGAACUCAUGAACUAUCUCAGGGAGGUGAUGCAGGACUACCGAGACGAGGUCAAGGACUUCUUUGCGGUCGACAAGCAGCUGGCGUCAGAGCUGGAGUACGACAUGAAGAAGUACAGCGAGCAGCUGGCCCAGGAGCAGGAGCUGGCGAGACAAGCAGAUGUGAACAGAGCAGCGGACCGUGCUGACGGGGCCCAGGCCGGGCAGGUUGCUCCAGGUUUAGAAACAGUGCCAGCUUCUGAUGGCCAAGCAAGUGCCACUGUUCCCUCAAAACCCAGGCCUAGCACCGGCCAAGCAGCACCUUUGCCCCCUUCAGCGGAAGAGGGGCAGUUGAAGAGUUUCAUGCCCAAAGCCAGGUCCAUGUCCCUGAGUACCAUUGCAAUCCUGAACUCCGUCAAGAAAGCCGUGGAGUCCAGUAGCAGGCGUCGGAACCGGAGCAUAGGCUUGCUGCCUUUCACUUUGAAUUCGGGGAGCCCGGACAAAGCGCACCGCCGGGCAUCUUCAUACAGCCUGGAGCAAGAGUCCAGUGGAAAUGCUGACCCUGUGGCCAGACGAGCCAUCAGCACCCCCGAGAAGACCAUCAGCGACGUCACGUUUGAAGCAGGAGUCAGCUACAUCGGCACACCGCGGACCCCCUUCCCUGGCAGAGAGAGAACGGAAGCCCAGCAUCAAGGAAAUGACAUUUUAUGUUUAUCACUGCCUGAUAAACCGCCUCCGCAGCCUCAGCAGUGGAAUGUGAAGUCUCCGGCCAGAAAUAAAGACAGCCCAGUCCCCAGCAGGAGGUCGCUCCGAAAGAGCCCCCUGAAAACUGCCAACUGAAGCGGGGCCUGGCCC